AUGAGUGGAGGAGAACACAGUGAAACAUCAGUUUCCGAUGAUUCCAUCAACAACAACAACCUGAAGGUCCCACUUCUUCCACUCCAAAGAACACACACCAACCUUUUCACCUUCAAAUCCCUUUUCACCCUCAAGAACUUCUAUAUUCUUCUCGGACCUUUAUUGUCCAUUCUCAUCUGUCUCUUUGUCAAACUCGACGCUCCGAAAACCAGUCGCAACAUGCUCGCCGUCAUCGCUUGGAUUUUCACUUGUUUCAUUCUCGCCCUCGCCGUGGAACGCUACAACGUUCAUCGAAGAUUGGCCUUGACGGUGACAUCUGUGUUUUGUGGGGAACCGUUGAAUCCAGCGCUAUUAUUAUUGGGUCUAUGUGCCACGUCAUUCUUUGUCAGUAUGUGGAUGCACAACGUGGCAGCGGCGGUGAUGUUGAUGCCGGUGGCUACGGGGUUGUUACAACGGCUUCCGCCUUCGUCGGAGCAAUCGGAGUUAGUGAACAAGUUUAGUAGAGCGGUGGUUCUGACGGUGGUUUACGCGGUGCCGAUAGGAGGAAUGAGUACUUUGACUGGGACAGGUGUCAAUUUGAUAUUGGUCGGAAUGUGGAAGAGCCUUGAACCUGGAGCGAAACCAAUCAGUUUCAACACUUGGUUCUUUUAUGCUUUUCCAGUGGCUUUUGUUUUUGUUAUAUGUUUUUGGUGUAUUCUUUGCUUGAUUUACCUACAGAAAGGUUCAGCAAGGGCAUUAUCGUCUUAUUUGAGUAAAGCACAUUUGAAGAGGGAAUUAGAAGCUCUUGGUCCCAUGUCUUUCGCUGAGAAAAUGGUGCUGUUAGUGUUUGGGUUGUUGAUCAUAUUAUGGAUGACAAGAAGAAUCACAGAUGACAUUCCCGGAUGGGGAGCUUUUUUCAAUGGCCUUGUUGGUGAUGGAAGUGUCAGUGUUAUGGUGGCUGUGUUAUUAUUCAUAAUCCCUAACAGAAAACAAGAAGGUGAAAAGCUAAUGGAUUGGAACGAAUGCAAGAAACUACCAUGGAACCUAAUUCUACUUCUUGGAGCUGGAUUCGCAUUAGCUGACGGAGUUCAAGCUAGCGGUCUAGCCGAUGUACUUUCAAGAGCAAUAGAUUUCUUAGAAGAUGCUCCAUAUUUAGCCAUAGUUCCUGCUGUUACUCUUAUAAGUAGUAUUAUAACUGAGUUCAUAACUUCAAAUGAUGCUACUGCUACACUCAUUAUACCACUUUUAUAUCACAUAGCUAGAACUAUGCAUGUACAUCCUCUUCUUCUUAUGAUCCCUGGAGCAAUGGCUUCUGAAUUUGCUUUCUUGCUUCCAACUUCAACUCCCUCAAAUGUAGUUGCUUUUGCCACUGGACAUAUUGAAAUUCAAGAUACUCUUAAAGUUGGUUUGCCACUUAAGAUUACUGGAAUUGCCGUGCUCUCAGUUUUUAUGCCAUCUCUAGGAGCUUUAGUUUUUGGAACAAGUGAUGGUGUUCAAUGGAUGCAAAAGACUCCUUUGUUGAGAAAUUGA